AUGCAACGGUCGCCAUCUAGAAAAAGCUCUCGUUUGCAGACAGCAACGAGCCAAAAUGUGAAAAGUUCCACGCCUGCCGGAACAGAUAGUUCAGCAAAUGUUUCUCAAAUGCCGUCGAUACAAAAUGUCAGUUCUGUUGCCCUCGGAACGACAACAACCGUAGCUAGUGCCUCUAUAAGUGCCCCUAGAGAACCGACAUCUGCUGUAUCAACGCAAAACAUUUUCAGUUCAACAACUGAAGAGCCCUUUAGCCUGCCGCCGUUAGUCCCCGGUCCUAAUGUGAGAACCCAGCCACCACAAAUCAUAUCGUCUGAUAAUGAGAACCUGCAACGACAAAUUGAUAUCCUGCAAGCUCAAUUGGCAAACGCUCAACGUGCUUUAAGAGCAAAUCAAAAUUUAAAUACGCCGAAUGUUAUUGGACAUAAUGCGCCAGUCAUCCAAAGUAUUAGCAGUGGCCCUGAGAACAUGGUUGAUCGCCGGAAUCCAACGCCAUAUUCCUAUGUUAGUCAGUCAGACCAGUUGAUGACAUCUCAGCCUCUUAUUGUUUCCCCUGCUACAGUGCCCAUGCCAGUACAACGCAAACUUUAUGAUCUGCCCGAAUUUUGUGGUACUCCCGAGGACUGGCCAAUGUUUUUGUCUGCCCUUGAACAUUCGACAGCGGCAUAUUCGUACAAUAAUUUUAAAAAUUGUUUGAGAUUGCAGAAGGCUUUGAAAGGUGAAGCCAGAGAGUGCGUGAAGUCGUUGCUCAUCCACCCAAAUAAUGUGCCAACAGUUAUAGAGCAAUUAAAGCUACAAUAUGGUCGCACAGAGUUGCUUAUUCGAUGUCAAUUGCAACAGAUGAAGGAAGUUCAGCCCAUAGCAGAAAACGCGAUCGAUAAAUUGGUGCCGUAUUCCAUUAAGGUCAGAAAUUUAGCAGCAUUUUUGGAAUCUGCCAAUGGUUAUCAACAUUUGUCGAAUCCAACACUCAUGGAGGAGUUAGUACAGAAGCUUCCAAUGAGCAAACGUUUGGAUUGGGCCCAGUUUGCUUCAACUUUACCUCAGUUGCCGACUAUUUUGGAUUUUAGUACCUGGCUCCAGCGUGUUGCAAAUUUGGUAAGAAGUGUGCAAUUAAGCAGUUCAAGUGGCAAUAGAUCUAACAGUGAUCCAAAACGAAAAGUGGUUUUAUAUGCUUCUGAUGGUCCAGAACAAUUGAGUGUGCCUAAUAGAUGGAGUGAAGUGAAGAGAUUGAAGUUAUCUUUUCCGUGUCUCAGUGGUGGUCAUUCAAGUAAAGAUUGUCGUCGGCGUAAGCAGUGUCCAAUGGAAAAGUGCCAAAGAAAUCACAACAAAUUAUUGCAUGAAACUAAACCUAAUGUACCAAGUGAACGAUCCGUAAAUGUGCCGCCAACAGAAGGAGCUUCAACAGUCGAACCUGUGCUUAGUUGUGUUUCCAGUGCUAGUGAAAGAAAUGAAGGUUCUUCGGUCACGAUGAUGGAUAGCUCUUUAGUGAGACAGCUUGGACUGCAUGGUCGACAAAGUCAAUUGAAUUUGAGUUGCUAUGGUGGUAAAUCGGCACAAGAACCAGUUAUGGUGGUGGAUCUUCAUGUGAGUGAUGUUAAUAAGAAGAGGAAAUAUGCUUUGAAAAAUGUGUAUGGUGUCUCGAAUUUGAAGUUGCCUAGUCAGAGUUUUAAUGCGGAUUUAGUAAAGAAUCAUGGUGUGCCUUUAAACUCAUAUGAAUGUGUGGCUCCAAAGGUACUAAUUGGAUUGGACCAUUGCCAUUUAGGAUUGCCCGAUGAAAUAGUCCCUUUGGAAGAUGCUGGUCCAUAUGCUGCCAAUACUCCUCUUGGUUGGGUUGUUUUUGGAAACGUGAAAGGAGGUCGCCCUGGAACACAAACAUGUUUGCUGACACAGUUGGAUAAUUUAAAUAAUUUGGUGGCAAAUUAUUUUGAAACUGAAAAUUUUGGUGUUAAGGCUCUACCAGUGAUUGAGUCAAGAGAUGAUUUACGUGCACGAGAGAUAUUGAGAAAUUCGACGAAGAGGGUUGCCGGAAGAUUUGAAUCCAGACUACUAUGGUGUAAUGAUGACGUAGUCCUUCCGGAUAGCUAUUCCAUUGCCCUUAAUGGAUUUUUUGAAAUGGAAAGAAAAAUUAAAAAUAAUCCUGAAUUUGGUGCGGCCUAUAAACAAUUAAUGAGUGAAUAUUUGUAG